UUUUUUCCUCAUAAAGCCAAGGCUUUUUAAGUUUUCUUUGUGUUAAUUUUCAAUCAGACAAACUUUACAGUUAGAGGAUUGUUGCUCAUUACGCUUGUGGUGCUAUAGGUGUCUUUAAAUGAGAGUUUGGCCACAAAGGCGCGGAACGUGCUUUCAGGUUUAGCACAUCUGCGCUGGGUGGAAAGAAGUUUAUAGCAACGCAGUGUCCCUUCAGUUGCGAUUUGCCAGUCGGUAGUGUGGGACGAAGGGUGUUUUGUAUUCGAAGACCAUUAAAUUACCCGAAGUGCAGGGUUAGAGGGCAGCAGUGCGCAUGUUCAGUACUCCAGAGUUGUUCUGUUUUUCCCCUACUACGCAUUCCUGCGGCUCGGUAGUAGAGCAGCCUCUCUCAUUGUUAGUAUCCUUAGAGCAAUUAAUGCAUAUACAGUUCGUGAAAUCAUAGGGCUUUUGGAAACACGGUGUACUAGUAUGGUUCGUAGACCCUUUUAAGAAGUUUUGGAAGCGCCAUUCAGCUGAGAGGCAAGCACACAAAGGGAAUUAAGCCACAAAGACGAAGUUUAAGGAGCGGGUGGUACUGGCGCGAGCGGAGCUCCCGCAGGACAGGAGCCGGGCGCCUGUCCGGGAUUGUAGCGUGGGGCUGCUGUGCUUGGAGACACUAACCGCAGGAGCUCCGGAGCCCUCCGCUCGCCCGAGGCAGGCUGAGAUUGUUAACCCUAUUGCUAGCAGGGGGGUUUGGUUGGGAUUUUACUGUUGGUUGUUUUUUUUUUUUUUCUUGGUUUCACUGAAUUAAUUUAGCCCAGUUAUUUUUAGGACAUUCCUAUGCUCCCUAUUUGCACAGCAGUGGUGAGCUGGUUUCCUGUCUGCUGUUGCUUCCAUUGUUCAGACUUCUGUCCCCGAGGGCAGCUGCUGGUUGGUAAAAUACCAAACUCUCCGCACUUUCAACUGUUGUUCUUACCAGCCCCCCUCCCCCCGCCGAAAUAAAUGCGUGCGAAAAACGCUGACGUAGUUUCUAGGUAUGCAUGUGGAGGGCUUUGUGUGUGUAUCUGUGUGUGAGAGGGGGAGAGAUCUGCUUUGAGGAUUGCAAGUCCUGGGCUGAAACAAUAGAAACAAUGAAAGGUGACAGGCAGGAGGGAGAACUUUUGAGAGGGGCCAUGGGCCUGGGGUUUGCGUGGCAGAAAUUAAAAGGUGUAGUUGCAAUAUCGGGCAGUGAAACGGAGGAUGAUGACACUAUGGAUGUCCCAUUGGAUCUUUCCUCAUCUGCUGGCUCAGGCAAACGGAGAAGACGUGGCAACCUGCCCAAGGAAUCUGUGCAGAUUCUUCGGGACUGGCUGUAUGAGCACCGAUACAAUGCUUAUCCUUCAGAGCAAGAAAAAGCCCUGUUGUCCCGACAAACACACCUUUCCACACUACAGGUCUGCAACUGGUUUAUCAAUGCACGCCGCAGGCUUUUACCUGACAUGCUGAGGAAGGAUGGCAAAGACCCAAAUCAGUUCACUAUCUCACGACGAGGGACCAAGCUCCCUGAGGGUGGCCUGGUAGAGUCUUCCAUCAGCACAAAGAACUACAUUCCCCUGCUGGAGGAGACUGCCUUCCUUCCCUCUGCAGCACCGCUUGGCAAGACUAUGUCCUCUUCCAAGCCAGCUUCCCCAGGAUCAGUCCUGGCUCGGCCAUCGGUGAUUUGCCACACGACUGUGACUGCAUUGAAAGAUGCCCCUUUCCACUUUUGCCAGCCAGCUGAUGUAGGCCAGACCACGGACCUGCAGCAGCCCCCCACCAACGGCUUCACAGACAACUCUCUCUCCUACCCUGAGGACGCAUCUAAACUGGGACCUGGUGCUAAUGCACAAAGUGGGCUCUUUAACACUCCUCCUCCAACCCCACCAGACCUUAACCAGGAUUUUAGCGGAUUUCAGCUACUGGUGGAUGUUGCACUCAAAAGGGCGGCAGAGAUGGAGUUGCAGGCAAAACUUAUGGCUUAAAUUCCCUCUGUUCUCCUUCCCAUUUUGUUUUUCCAGGCAGGGAUCUAACAGCUGUGUGGUUAUUGCCACCCACAUGAUAUCAAAAGACUUCACAGCAUUAUUAUUAUUUUUUUUAUUAAUCUUAUUUGCACAAGGGAUUGCUGAAAUGAAGCUUCCUGUCACUGAGUUGGUUUUCAGUGGAAUAUGGUCAUUCCAAGAAUUAUAAACUUAAAGCUACUGUAGAAAGAAAGGACUGUGUGUUGGUUUUGUUUUUUUUUUUUGUUUUGUUUUUAAUGUUUUCUUCAUAGGUUUUUCAUAAUGUGAGAUAGUUCCCAAGAUCAUGUGAUUUGUUUUUUUUUCUUUCAGACUGUGCAAUAUCUAGUAAUGAUAUAGAGUCUUCUUAUCAUUCCCAUGUGGAACAGAAUAUACCGACAUGCUGUUUAAAAUAAAUUUUCAAUUUUUUUAACAAUAUGAACUUUGGAUGAUUAUGCUUUUUUUCCCAUAAUGUAAUAAAAUAUUUUCUUUACAAA